AUGGCUGAACCAAAUUCAACUACACCUGGAUUCCCACUUGGAUCCCCUACUUCCACAUUGAGCACAUUACUUCAAAGUGCAGCUUCUCAUAUGAACUCUAGUGUUUCAUCAACAAAUUCUAGUAUAUUAAGCACACCUGUUACUACUUCUUUGUUCGAAGCUUCAUCUACAGACAUGACUACUAAUAUUACAACUAAUGGAUUAGUUGCCAAUUCAACUGUAUCAAGCACACCGUUUAGUGAUUUCUUUCCGGAAGAUGGAGCUACAUUUGAAACUAUUACAGUAGAUGGUGUUGUUGGUGAAGCAGUAAAUACAACAAUUGGAAACGUUACAAGUUCAGAAACGCCAGGGAAUAUUACUGAAGUAUUCACUUCUGCUUCAUCCAGUAUAUUUAAUGCUACUCAGAAUUCUACUUUUAUUCCAGAUUCUUCCAAUUCAACAGUAGGAGGCUUUAUAUCUACAUUAGGCGAAGCUAUCACACAGUCGGCAAACGCUACGUGUAGCACACUGGAAAGUAUGGUUACAACUGGUACUGCUCCUAAUAAUACAAGUACUGUUUCGGGUAUCUUUAAUACUACUGAGAAUUCCACUUUGAUUCAAACUUCUGACAAUUCAACAUUAGGCGGCUUUAUAUCUACAUUAGGCGAAGCCACCACACAAUUGGCAAAUGCUACCGUUAGCACUGUUGAAGGUAUGGUCACAACUGGUAUUAAUUCUAAUAAUACAAAUAGUCCAUCCAGUAUGUUUAAUACUACUCAGAAUGUCCUUUCCACUAUCUUUAAUACUACUGAGAAUUUCACUUCCACUGCGUUUGAUACUACUCAGAAUUCCACCUCGAUCCCAGCUUCUUCCAAUUCAACAAUAGGAAGCUAUAUAUCUACAUUAGGAGAAGCCAUCACACAAUCGGCAAACGAUCCCCUUAGCACUGAUGAAGGUAUGGUGACAACUAUUACUACUCCUUUUAAUACAACUGCUCCAUCAUAUAUGAAUUUCACCACAUAUGGAACCAACCCUACAGAUUCUGCGCUUAGGUAUGCUAUACCUAUUUUUCUAUCAAUACUGCUCUUUCUUUCAACUUCCCUAUUUCUGUUUACAUUAGUUAAGUAUAUUUGUGAGACGAAAAACAAGAACAAAUCAGAAGACGUGGAAUUAGAACGAAUGUUGGUAAACCCAGAAGAAGCUUACGCAGAACAACGUAGAAAACAUCGUAGUAGAGGAUGGAGAAUGACUUCCUAUUAUGAAUCAGGUUAUUCGGUGGAUAGUAGUGAACUUCUUGAAAUAAUUGACGGUGGGAAUGAAAGUGAAGACAAUGAUAAAAAUGCCCAUGGAGAUGAAGGUGAAGAGAAUAAUGAAAGUGACGAUGGGAAUGAAGGUGAAGACAAUGAUAAAAAUGAAGAUUGA